AUAUACACGGAGAGGCACUUUUACCUCACAAAAUUUCGAAACCUUUGGAAGGAAAAUUCACCGACUCAAACCCUUCUGCUCUCUUUCCUUCUCACAUCGUCUUCUCAGACAGAUAUGGAAGCAACAAAAUUCCGGUUAUUGUCGCAAACAGCUGUGACGCUGCCGUCGCUGAAGCAGCGGCGAACAAGUAACAACACAAAAUGCAAGAGAAAUGGACGGUUUGUGCCGCCGCUUAAGGUGGUGGGCAUGGCAAAGGAAAGCAGUGGCAGCGGCGAUAGCAUCAUAGAGAAGGUAGCCAUACUGGGUGGUUUAGUGUCGACGCCGGUGAUCGGGUGGUCUCUCUACACGCUUAAAACAACUGGGUGUGGCCUUCCACCAGGCCCAGGGGGCUCAAUAGGUGCACUAGAAGGUGUGAGCUACCUAGUGGUGGUAGGUAUCACGGCUUGGUCUUUGUACACCAAGACCAAAAGAGGCUCUGGUUUGCCUAAUGGGCCUUAUGGGCUUUUGGGAGCUGUGGAAGGGCUAUCUUACUUGGCUUUGCUUGCUAUAGCAGUUGUGUUUGGGUUGCAGUUCUUGGAGAAGGGCUCUCUUCCUGGCCCAGUACCAGUACCAGGAGACCAAUGCUUUGGCUGAGGUUCUUUCUGUUCCUUUUUUUUGUUUUUUCCAGUAAAUUUCCUUUCCUUUUUCCUAUCUGUUUAUUUUGUUAAUUUGUUCUAAUGGGUCUCAGAAAUGAAAAAUGUGUUUAAAUUAUGUUAUUUGAGAGUUAAUAAAUGAUAAUGAAAUGGUA